UCCGGUGAUAGAACAGCUGAGAGAUUGGUGUCCACAAGAAACAGUAAACAUUCUGGUGAACGCCGGAUGGAAUAACGCAUUUCAUUAAUUUGUUAAUGGAUUUUUUGUCUGGAAAAUCGAGAAUUUAUGGAGCUGUGAAUAAUUCCAGUGACUUGCAAUUAGUUUUGCUGCAUUUAUGCAGACCUUUGAGCUAGGAAUUAGUAAUAAUCAGUGAAGCAGAUUAUUUUUACACAAGUUGACAAAUCCAUUUGAUGCGCUGAAUUUUCAUAGUUCAAUUUAACUAAUUGUUGUUUUGGGGGAAGUAAUAAAUAUUUAGAGUGAUAUAUCAAAGUGGGGCGAUGUCUAUCCAACCGAGGGUGUACUGGUCCCAGACCAAAAAUGACGUCUUCCUGAGGAUUGACGUUGAUGAUCCUGAGGGGACUGAGAUCUUCCUUGACGACGAUGGCAUGAAGUUCUCUGCCUCCAAGAGCCAGAAUGGGGACACAGUCAGCUACAAUUUCUCCAUUGAUUUUUAUGGUUCUACGAACAAAGAGGAAAAUAUGUAUGAAUUGAUAAAUCACCAAAUGCAGUUCAUCCUGAAGAAGGAAAUCGAUGGCGACUGGCCUCGUUUAACAGUGAAGAAUGACCCUGACUACAUAAUUUUGGAUCCAGUUAAAUUCCAAAGCAAAAAUAUAACGGGAAGAUCCAAGGGAGGAGGCAGGAAGGACAGUUUCAAGAGCCUCAACGAGGGCUUCACCUCAGCAAAAGACAAAGUUCAUAGGGAAGUGCUGGAGAAGAGAAACGUUCAUGACGAUUACCCCCAGAUGUAUGGGAAGCUUCAGAAAGAGGAGUUGGGAUACAGAAAAGAAGAUUUCAAGAAGGUUUACCUCGUCUGGUAUAAUUUAUGCCAGUUCGUUGGGUUCAUGUAUGUUCUCACAGUCAUGGCAAUUCGAUACUCAAGAGAAGGUCCAGAUUCCAUGCCUGAGACCUACAACAGUGUUGGUAGCGUUAUGAAAUUCCUCCAGCUCCUGCAAUUCCUCGAAGUCAUGCACCCCAUGUUUGGCUACACAAAAGGCAAUUUCAUGCUGACAUUCGUACAAGUUGGAGGUCGUGCCUUUGUUCUCUUCCUGAUGAUUGAGGCUGAGCCCCGCAUGCAGACGAAACCAGUCAUCUUCUACCUCUUCUUUGUCUGGAGCUUGAUCGAAGUAUUUCGUUAUCCUUACUACAUCACCCAGGUCUUGGACGUGGAAAUCGGGUUGCUCACCUGGUUCAGGUACACCAUCUGGAUACCCCUGUAUCCGCUCGGGUUCAUGUGCGAGGGAAUCAUUAUCUUGAGGAACAUCCCCUACUUCGAAGAGACUGAGAAAUUUACGGUUUCGUUGCCGAAUGAAUGGAACUUUGCUUUUCACUUUCCAACGUUGCUGAGGAUUUAUUUGUUGCUGCUUUGUGGUCCUGCUAUUUAUACAUUGAUGUCUCACAUGCACCAGGCGAGGAUCAAAAAACUUGGUGGGGCCAAGGCCCGCAAAUUGUUGAACGAAAAAUGCAACUGAAUUUCAGAAUUUGGGUCUUCAUCAUUUCUCAUCACUAUUUGACAUCUUAAUUCGUUUUAAAUUUUUUAUGCUGUCAUGCUGUUCAUCCUGUGAUGUCUCACAUCUAUCAGAUGAGGAGUAAGAAAUUUGUGGAGCUGAAGGUCAAUUACCAUCCGAAAAAUGCUAACAGGCGGUUUCAUUUUCUGAGGUUUAUCGUUUAACCUCAACAUUCGCGAAUCACUUUUUAUAUUCUGAGGGUAAAAUCCACAGAUUGACGAGGAUCAAUUGAAAAAACACUUUGAGUGGCAAAACAACAGCAAAAUACGCUACAAAUACAAUCUAACAUGUUACUUAUUUAAGUCUCAUUGUAAUUUUUGUCAUUUGCUUGGUUUAACAAACUUAAUUACAAGAAAAUCAUCAUCGAGAA